AGCCUUCUCUCCCGGUGCACUUGGCAGUUAGUUGCGGGCUGCUGUGCUGUUGCUGUCGUGGCGGUGUGGCUAGUCGCGGGGAACUUUAGCACACUGGAGCCCGAAGUCCCACUCUCUCACCUGCGCAGUUCGGAGCUGCCAUGGGUCUCGCGCCUGGAUUGACUAUUUUAAUCAUUCUUUCGGCCUUUCUGCACACGAGUGGCCUAUAUAUCGCCAGUAGCGUAGACUCCCUGCAGCAUGUCCUGGGGGAGUAUGGACUGGUGAGGCCCGUGAGCGUGGACGCAGACGGCCGCUUCCUGUCCCACGCCGUGUCGGCCGGCCGGCCGGGGGUGGGGGCGGGGCAGCCCCAUAGGCGCUGGAGGAGGGAGACCGGAGAGAACGGGGGAGGAGGAGGAGAUGAAGAAAGAGAGGAAAUGUACGAGGAGGAUGGAGGGCCCCGACACAGACAGCUUUACUACAACGUCACCGUCUUCGGCCGGGAGUUCCACCUGCGUCUGCGGCACAAUGCGCGACUGGUGGCCCCCGGAGCCAAGAUGGAGUGGCACGAUGAUAACGACAGCAACGGGACAGCCACACGCUCCGAGCCACUGCAGGGAGACUGUUUCUACGUGGGUGACGUCACAGACACGCCCGGAGCCACCGUAGCAAUCAGCAACUGCGACGGCCUGGCUGGUAUGAUCAGGACAGAAGAGGAGGAGUUCUUCAUCGAGCCGGUGGAGAGGGGGAAUGGAGUGAUGGGGGAGGAGGAGGGAGGAGGAGGGCGUCAACACAUCGUCUACCGAUCCUCCUCUGUGAAGAAAAUGCCCGUCAGCGGCCUCGCGGCAGACUACCACUCUAGAGGUGCUGAUCUGCCUAGUAUGAUGGACCUGGAGUCCCUGUAUCGUGGUGUGGAGCAGAGCAUCAACCAGACCCGAGCCCAGAGACAGAGGAGACAGAGUCCAGAAAGAGCCUACAACAUCGAGGUCCUACUGGGGGUGGACGACUCUGUGGUGCAGUUCCACGGCAAGGAAAACGUCCAGAAGUACCUGCUCACACUCAUGAACAUCGUGAACGAGAUUUACCAUGACCACUCUCUGGGAGCCAGGAUCAACGUGGUGCUAGUACGAAUCAUCAUGCUUGGCUAUGGGAAGUCUAUGAGUCUGAUAGAGUUGGGAAACCCGUCUCAGAGUCUGGAGAAUGUGUGUCGCUGGGCCUUCCUGCAGCAGAAACAGGACACAGGAGAUGCAGAGUACCACGACCACGCUAUAUUCCUCACACGACAGGAGUUUGGGCCUACCGGCAUGCAGGGUUAUGCUCCAGUAACAGGGAUGUGUCACCCAGUAAGGAGCUGUACUCUGAACCACGAGGAUGGCUUUUCUUCUGCCUUCGUGGUAGCCCACGAGACAGGACAUGUGCUGGGUAUGGAGCACGACGGCCAGGGGAAUCGCUGUGGAGACGAGGUGCACAUGGGGAGCAUCAUGGCCCCGUUGGUUCAAGCUGCCUUCCACCGCUUCCAUUGGUCACGCUGUAGCCAGCAGGAGCUGGGACGAUACCUACAAUCCUACGAAUGUCUUCGUGAUGACCCCUACGAACAUAACUGGCCGUCCCUGCCCAGACUUCCUGGUCUGCACUACUCCAUGAACGAACAGUGUCGCUUCGACUUCGGCGUGGGCUACAUGAUGUGCACCGCGUACCGGACAUUUGACCCCUGCAAACAGCUGUGGUGCAGCCACCCUGACAACCCCUUCUUUUGCAAGACCAAGAAAGGACCACCCAUCGAUGGCACCAUGUGUGGGGAUGGGAAGCACUGCUUCAAAGGUCACUGUAUCUGGCUGACCAUUGACAUGAUAAAGCAGGAUGGUGGGUGGGACAUGUGGAGCCAGUUUGGGUCCUGUACUCGUACCUGUGGAGGAGGGGUGCAGUUUAGAACCCGUGAAUGCAACAACCCCAGGCCUGCUAACGGAGGUCGUACCUGUCUGGGGACUAACAACCAGUUCCAGCUGUGUAACAGCCAGGAGUGUGAGGAGCUGUACAGUGACUUCAGGGAGGAGCAGUGCCGUAGCUUGGACCCUGAGUUUGAGUUCCACAAAAUCAAGCACCACUGGCUGCCUUAUGAACACACGGAACCUAAGCAGCGCUGCCACCUGCAUUGCCAGUCCACGGAGACCCGAGACAAGAUCAACAUGCAGAGGCUGGUCCAAGACGGCACGCGCUGCUCAUAUAAAGACCCCUACAGCGUGUGUGUGCACGGGGACUGUGAGAAAGUAGGCUGUGACAGCGUGGUAGGGUCCUCCCAACAGGAGGACAAAUGUGGCGUCUGUGGAGGAGACAACUCCAGCUGCAAGAUCAUCAAGGGCAAUUUCACUCGCAGUGCCAAGAAACAAGGUUUCCUCAAAGUACUUGAAAUCCCUCGAGGGGCGAGACACCUACUAAUCCAAGAGAUUAAGCCAACCGCACACAUCCUAGCGGUGAAGAACCAGGCAUCAGGACAGUUCUUCCUGAAUGCAGAGGGAGACCUCCCAGAAUCCCGUGCGGUCAUAGAGAAGGGUGUGGAGUGGGAAUACAUGAAUAAUGACCAUGACAAGGAGACACUACAGACCAACGGACCACUCAGACACGGAGUCCUCAUCAUGGUGCAGUCCCAUGGAGAUGCCAAGGUGACCCUUUCCUAUAAGUACAUCAUCCACAUGGACCUGCUGUCUGCCAUAGAGAACAACAUGCUGCUGGAUGACACCUCCUUCUACGAGUGGGCCCUGAAGAAAUGGUCCUUCUGCUCCAAGCCCUGUGGGGGAGGUAAGCAGUAUACCCGGUUCGGCUGUAGAAGGAGAGCGGACAGUAAGAUGGUCCACCGACGCUACUGUGAGAACAUCAAGAAGCCUCGCGCCAUCAGCAGAGACUGCAACCAGAAGGAGUGCUCACAGCCUAUCUGGGAGGAUGGUCCGUGGGAGCCAUGCAGUAAGACGUGCGGUAAAACAGGGUACCAGGUGAGGUCCGUUCGCUGUGUUCAGCCCUUAGACAACGGCAACAAGCGCUCCAUUCACAGCAAGUACUGCAAUGACGACCGGCCUGAGGCACGCAGGCCCUGCAACAGAGAGCUCUGCCCUGCACAGUGGAGAGUAGGGCCCUGGUCACAGUGCUCGGUGACGUGUGCCAAUGGGACACAGCAGAGGCAGGCAUUGUGUCACACGCGUGACAACACCAUCGGUCUCUGCCUGGACAGCAAGCCAGACACCAUCCGCAUCUGUCGCUUGGCGCCAUGUCCAAGAGGCUCGUCGGACCUGAAUAAGAACGGCAACAUCCUGAUCCAGUGGCUGUCCCGCCCUGACCCAGACUUGCCCUACCAGAGGAACAGCUCACGCAAGCAGCGUUGUCAUGGAGACAGGUCAAUGAUCUGUCGCAUGGAGGUGCUGAUCCACUACUGUGCUCUACCAGGCUACAGGCGCAUGUGCUGCAAGUCCUGCAGCAACGUGACCAACAGCAGCCUGACCACCAGUCUCCCUCCCCGGGUCACAGCUUGCCCGCUGCCUCGCCCCCUGCCUCGACCUCUGCCUUGGCCCAAGGAUAACAACACCCCCCUUCAGCCCACCGUUCAUCCAAGAAGUACAAUGCAUAUACCUUAUACCACGCCGCGCCCAAUGAGCACAACACACACCUAUACACCCCACCCAUACUUCACCACAUACCCCAUCCCCAUACACACGACCCCAGAGCACAGUGUGACCCCCAGAGACACAACCAGAAGUUACCCCUUCUUCACCGUCUCCACCAGCACCAGCAUAUACACUACAACUCCCAGCAGCCUGUUUACUGACUCAAACGUUAACUUCACCUUUAUCAGCAAUGACACCACAGUGACCCCCAUUCACAGCUAUGACAUAACAGGGGCAGAAACCUCAACUCCCAGCAGCCCAUACUACAUGGAUGAUGUCCUAAAGCCAACUGAAACAAACUACUUUGAGGAUGUGACAUCGCCCAGUGGAACCAUCCCAUACACUGAUGUCACAAUGUCCAGCGGUGGUGAUGUCAUAAUACCUAGUGGAACCGUGCCCUAUGGCACUGAUGUCACAAUGCCCAUUGGAACCAUGCCUUAUGAUGAUGACAUCACAGUGAUGAUUCCUACAGUCCCCAGGGAUGAUAUCAUAGAUAUGACCACCCUUGAUUGGCCGGAAAUCACGGAGUACAUAUCAGUGAGCUCCAUUGUUCCCACAACAACCAUGGUAGGGCCAACAACAGAGUUAAUGACAGAGCAAAUGACAGCCAAGCCUCCCAUAACAACAACAACCAAAAAGCACAUGUGGCCGCUAAGCCACCAGGAGGAGACCAGCGAAAAUAACUCCAUUGACGUUCUCUACAACCAGAUAAUCGGAGUAGACAAUGUCAUCUCCCAAAACAACCUGAUCCCCAGACGGAGCCGGGUGUUCCUCCGGGAGAGAACACGGAACAAACGCAUCCAGGAACUCCUGGAGGAGAAGAGGAACUUUCUGUUGAGGAUGAAGCGGGCCCAGAGUGGUGCUGCUUGAUGAUGAUAGACCUUCCUUCCUCCCUAACACUCCCUUGAUUUCUCUUAUAGAGAUUUACCUACGUCUGCUAACAGACUGGAGUUAUUAUUUAACCUUUAACCUGCCUUGGUGCUCUCUAUCAGGUACUGACCCAUCACACACCCAGAGUCAUGGUACAGACAUACAGUACCAGUCAAAACUUUAGACACACCUACUCAUUCAAGGGUUUUUCUUAAUUUUUUACGUUUUUCUACAUUGUAGAACAAUAGUGAAGACAUCAAAACUAUGAAAUAAUGCAUGAAACAAAUGAAAAUAUAUUUUAGAUGAUAGAUUCCUCAAAUUAGCCACCCUUUGUCUUGAUGACAGCUUUGCACACUCUCGGCAUCCUCUCAACCAACUACAUGAGGAAUGAUUUUCCAACAGUCUUGAAGGAGUUCCCACAUAUGCUGAGUACUUGAUGGCUGCUUUUCCUUCACUCUGCGGUCCAACUCAUCCCAAACCAUCUCAAUUGGGUUGAGGUUGGGUGAUUGUGGAGGCCAGGUCAUCUGAUGCAGCACUCCUUCACUCUCUUUCUUGGUCAAAUAGCCCUUACACAGCCUGGAGGGGUGUUGGGUCACUGUCCUGUUGAAAAACAAAUGAUAGUCCCACUAAGCGCAAACCAGAUGGGAUAGUGUAUUCCUGCAGAAUGCUGUGGUAGCCAUGCUGGUUAAGUGUGCCUUGAAUUCUAAAUAAAUCACAGACAGUGUCACCAGCAAAGCACCCCUACACCUCCUCCUCCAUGUUUCACGAUGGGAACCACAUAUGCCGUUCACCUACUCUGCGUCUCACAAAGACACGGCGGUUGGAACCAAAAAACUCAGAUUUGGACUCAUCAGACCAAAGGACAGAUUUUCACCGGUUUAAUGUCCAUUGCUCGUGUUUCUUGGCCCAAGCAAGUUUAUUCUUCUUAUUGGUGUCCUUUAGUAGUGGUUUCAUUGCAGCAAUUCGACUAUGAAGGCCUGAUUCACGCAGUCUCCUCUAAACAGUUCAUGUUGAGAUGUGUCUGUUACUUGAACUCUGAGGUGCAGUUAAUAGCUGAUUUCUGAGGCUGGUAACUAACAAACUUAUCCUCUGCAGUAGAGGUAACUCUGGGUCUUCCAAGUCUGUGGUGGUCCUCAUGGGAGCCAGUUUCAUCAUAGCGCUUGAUGGUUUUGUGACUGUACUUGAACUAACGUUCAAAGUUCUUGACAUUUUCUGGAUUGACUGACCUUCAUGUCUUAAAGUAAUGAUGGACUGUAAUUUCUCUCUUUGCUUAUUUGAACUGUUCUUGCCUUAAUAUGGACUUGGUCUUUUACCAAAUAAGCUAUUUUCUGUAUACCACCCCCACCUUGUCACAACACAACUGAUUGGCUCAAAUGCAUUAAGGAAAGAUAUUCCACAAAUUAAGAAGCACACAUGUUAAUUCAAAUCAAAUCAAAUAUUUUUUGUCACAUGCGUUGAAUACAACAGGUUUAGACCUUACAGUGAAGUGCUUACUUACAAGCCCUUAACCAACAAUGCAGUUUUAAGAAAAAAAGUUUUUUUUAAAGAAAUAAAAGUAACAAAUAAUUAUUAAAGAGCAGCAGUAAAAUAACAAUAGUGCGGCUGUAUACUGGGGGUACCAGUACAAAGUCAAUAUAGGGGGUCACCGGUUAGUCAAGGUAAUUGAGGUAAUAUGUACAUUUAGGUAGAGUUAUUAAAGUGACUAUGCAUAGAUAAUAAACAAAGAGUACCAGUAGCGUAAAAGAGAGGGGGCCAUUUGAAUAGUCGGGGAACCCAUUUUAUUAGAUGUUCAGGAGUCUUAUGGCUUGGGGGUAGAAGCUGUUUAGAAGCCUCUUGGACCUAGACUUGGCACUCUGGUACCGCUUGCCGUGCGGUAGCAGAGAGAACAGUCUAUGACUAGGGUGGCUGGAGUCUUUGACAAUGUUUAGGGCCUUCCUCUGACUGCCUGGUAUAGAGGUCCAAGAUGGCAGGAAGCAUGGCCCCAGUGAUGUACUGGGCCGAAUGCACUACCCUUUUUAGUGUCUUGCUGUCGGAGGACCAUACCAGGCAGUGAUUGCAACCAGUGCUCACGAUGGUGCAGCUGUAGAACCUUUUGAGGAUCGGAGGACACAUGCCAAAUCUUUUCAGUCUCCUGACAAAAAAGGUUUUGUUGUGCCCUCUUCACGACUGUCUUGUUGUGCUUGUUAGUUUGCUGGUGAUGUGGACAACAAGGAACUUGAAACUUUCAACCUGCUCAACUACAGCCCCAUCGAUGAGAAUUGGUGUGUGCUCAGUCCUCCUUUUCCUGUAGUCCACAAUCAUCUCCUUUGUCACUUUGAGGGAGCGGUUGUUGUCCUGGCACCACACGGCCAGGUCUCUGAUCUCCUCCCUAUAGGCUAUCUUGUUGUUGUCAGUGAUCAGGCCUACCACUGUUGUGUCAUCGGCAAACUGAAUGAUGGUGUUGGAAUCGUUCCUGGCCGUGCAGUCAUGAGUGAACAGGGAGUACAGAGGAGGGGACUGAACACGCACCCCUGAGGGGCCCCCGUGUUGAAGAUUGGCAUGACGGAUGUGUUUUUACCUACCCUUUCCACCUGGGGGUGGCCCAUCAGGAAGUCCAGGAUCAAGUUGCAGAAGGAGGUGCUUAGACCCAGGGUCCUUAGCUUAGUGAUGAGCUUUGAGGGAACUAUGGUGUUGAACACAGAGCUGUAGUCAAUGAAUAGCAUUCUCACAUAGGUGUUCCUUUUGUCCAGGUGUGAAAGAGCAGUGUGGAGUGCAAUAGAGAUUGCUCUGGGUCUUCCAAGUCUGUGGUGGUCCUUAUGGGAGCCAGUUUCAUCAUAGCGCUUGAUGGUAAUUGCAUUAUCUGUCGAUCUGUUGGGGCGGUAUGCAAAUUGGAGUGGGUCUAGAGUUUCUGGGAUAAUGGUGUUGAUGUGAGCCAUGACCAGCCUUUCAAAACACUUCAUGGCUACAGACGUGAGUGUUAUGGGUCAGUAGUCAUUAAGGCAGGUUACCUUAGUGUUCUUGAGCACAGGGACUAUGGUGGUCUGCUUGAAACAUGUUGGUAUUGCAGACUCAGACAGGGAGAAAUUGAAAAUGUCAGUGAAGACACUUGCCAGUGGUUCAGCGCAUGCUCGGAGUACACGUCCUGGUAAUUCGUCUGGCCCUGCAGCCUUGUGAAUGUUUACCUGUUUAAAGGUCUUACUCACAUCGGCUACGGAGAGUGUGAUCACACCGUAUCGGGACACCGUCAUCGAUGUUCUUAUUGAUGAAGCCAGUGAUUGAUGUGGUGUACUCCUCAGUGCCAGCGUAAUAAUCCCUGAACAUAUUCCAGUCUGUGCUAGCAAAAGAGUAUUGUAGCUUAGCAUCUGCUUCAUCUGACCACUUACUUAUUGACCGAGUCAGUGCUUCCUGCUUUAAUUUUAGCUUGUAAGCAGGAAUCAGGAGGAUAGAGUCAUGGUCAGAUUUGCCAAAUGGAGGGUGAGGGAUAGCUUUGUACGCGUCUUUGUGUGUGGAGUAAAGGUGGUCUAGAGUUUUUUCCCUCUGGUUGCACAUUUAAAAUGCUGGUAGAAAUUAGGUCAAACGGAUUUAAGUUUCCCUGCAUUAAAGUCCCCGGCCACUAGGAGCACCGCCUCUGGAUGAGCAUUUUUCUGUUUGCUCAUGGCCAUAUACAGCUCGUUGAUUGCAGUCUUAGUGCCAGCAUUGGUUUGUGGUGGUAAAUAGACUAUAGCUAUAAAGAAUAUAGAUAAACUCUCUUGGUAGAUAGUGUGGUCUACAGUUUAUCAUGAGAUACUCUACCUCAGGCGACAAAACCUUGAGAGUUCCUUAGAUAUCGUGCCUCAGAUGUUGUUUACAAAUAUACAUAGACCGCCACCCCUUGUCUUACCAGAGGCUGCUGUUCUAUCCUGCCGAUACAGUGUGUAACCCAUCAGCUGUAUGUUAUUCUUGUCGUCGUUCAGCCACAACUCGGUGAAACAGUUUUUAAUGUCCCGUUGGUAGGAUAUACAUUCUUGUAGUUUGUCCACUUUAUUAUCCAGUGAUUGUAUGUUAGCCAAUAGUACCGAUGGCAAAGGCAGAUUAGCCACUUGUCACCAGAUACUUACAAGGAACCCCGAUCUCCUUCUGCGAUAUCUCUGUCCUUUUCUCCUGCGAAUGACAGGGAUGAGGGCCUCGUCGGGUGUCUGGAGAAAAUCCCUCUCGUUCGACUCAUUAAAGAAAAAUUGUUCGUCCAGUUCAAGGUGAGUAAUCGUUGUUCUGUUGUCUAGAAGCUGUUUUCGUUCAUAAGAGAUGGUAGCAGCAAUAUUAUGUACAAAAUAAGUUACAAACAAUGUGAAAAAAUAGCACGGCUGGUUAAGAGCCCAUUAAACGGCAGCCAUCCCCUCCGGCGCCAUUACACAAAUGCAUUCCAGGUGACUACCUCAUGAAGCUGGUUGAGAGAAUGCCUAGAGUGUGCAAAGCUGUCAUCAAGGCAAAGGGUGGCUACUUUGAAGAAUCGCAAAUAUAAAACAUAUUUUGAUUUGUUUAACACUUUUUGGUUACUACAUUAUUCCAUAUGUGUUAUUUUAUAGUUUUGAUGUAUUCACUUUUAUUCUACAAUGUAGAAAAUAGUACAAAUUAAGAACAACCCUUGAAUGUGUGAGGUGGUAAGGUUGGACCCAGGAGCAGAGAAGAGCCCAGACACGGAAUCAGUGGUUCAGGAUAAACAUAAUAUUUUACUGAGAUACGGUAACCACAGGACCACAGUACACUUGAAAAAACAACAAACACUAAGUCUCGAAAACACACUCAGGAAACAACCGCACACAGUAAACAAUUCAAGCUUCUGCAAAGGACCACAGAAAACACACGUCUUUUAACAGGUACAUAAGCUUGAAAUAAUAAGACACUCCUGAGUCCAAUAAAAGCCUCUAGGGCGGUCUCUGCCGCCCUCUGGUGCCAGGAGGAACCAUGACAGAAUGAGUAGGUGUGUCCAUACUUUUGACCGGUACUGUACACACUGACCUAUUUGUUUACACUCACACACACAUACAGAAACACACACACACCAUAAAGACAGACAGGCAUACAGCCACAUGGCAGGAUAGAACUAAAAAACAAAGCCAGAUGGUUUGCACAGUUGUUUUAAAUAAAACAAAGUCCCUUUAGGAUACGAAUCUGAAACCCUUUCCGAUCCAAAGCGGAGGUCUGGUUGUAAAGGCUGAGAGUAAAGCCAGAUGUGAUGUGGACUGUACAUCCUCUUGGACCCGCACAUUAACAAGGACAACUUUUACCUAUCCAAACCUCCCACGGUGUGUUUAAGAGCAAGGCACAUACAGUAGAGAUGUAGUUCUCUUUCAUAAGCAGCACACUCCUGGAUAAUCUCAGGGCGUGAAUAGUUUCAGGCCAUUCAAUUCAAUAAAUUAAGUUUAAUUUAAAUGAAGACUUAUCCCCAACAGCACUUAAGGACCCAUGUAAACUCACCCCAAACAGAUCUGACACACCAUGUUAGAUUACAGCCUAUUACUGCAGUUGAUAUAUCUGUGAGUCACACAGACAUGAAUACCACUCUGGUCCCAUAUAAUGAGACAUAUUAGAUAGCAAGUGUCCCUAUGUGUCUGUGUCCAGGGGUACGUCCCAAAUGGCACCCUAUAGGCCCUGGUCCAAAGUAGUGUGUUAUAAAGGGAGUAGGCUGCCAUUUGGCACGCAACCUAGAGCUUUCUGAGUACUGAGUACUAUACAGGGUACUAUACAGGGCAGACAGACACUCUGCACGGGAGGUUUGGAGAUAUAAAAACAGACUAUGCUACAUCAAAACACCAGGGCUCCAUCUCAAUAGUUUAAAGUGGCUUUACUCUCCUUUCGGCUCCUCAACGUCGUCCGCACGGAUGAUAACGAGCUGGAAUGGAGAAAGCACAUACCUGGUGGUUAUCCACCGUAGUGCAUACACAUACCCUGUCGUCGUCCGCCCCCCAGGAGAAGAAGCCACAUUUCGACUGUAAAGAUGAACCUCCCCGAGUAUCUCACAUCCCCCAGAAUAUUCCUUCUCCUGGUUGUGUUAAAACUAUGGAAGCUAGUGGUUUAGCGUUGUGCUGCCAAUGUCCACGAGUCAUCUAUGUCCGACUCUAUUCACAUGCUUCUUUCUAGUGCUUCUCAGAGAGAGUCAACGAGUAAGAACUCUGGGGGACUAUGGAGGGCCACUGCUGACAACUCUGUUGGAUUAUAUUGGUGCUCUAUUGAACUGUAUGUCAUUUUUUACAAAACGAUUGCACAUCUCUCUGGUAAUAUACAGUGUCAUAUGUCAUAUGAAUUUAAUUGAGGGAAAUCACAAUCAGGUUUUUGAGUUGAAAUGGUCUGUGGUGGUGCAAUGCUUUUAUCCUUGGUUCUGAAAGCAAUGCCCCCUAAAGAGUCACAGGAACCUUAUCAAUAAACUUGUGUGUAUUAUAUUUUCAAAGAGCCCCCCCAAAAAAGACAAAAAUAUAAAUAACUAUUUGUAUCUACUGCAUAACAAUAGACGCUUUCAGGGCCAGCUGUCUUGUUUUUAUUGUAUUUUAUUUCUAACAGUUGUCUUAUUAUCGGCGCAUUUUGCCUUGCAUCUGCUGCAAAAGCACCUAGGAAUCUCUCUGUACGAUAUCUGUACAUAUGAAUCAGAGCUCAGUGUUGAAUAUUUAUUAACGGUCCAGCGCCUGAUGUAUUUUGGCACAUUGGGUGUUGCGUGAUGAUCCUGUUCUAAUGUCUACAAUGAGUCUCUCGCUUCUUUUCGCUCUCCUCACCGACCACUAGGGGGAAGCAGAAUAGCACAUGUAGUAAGUAUCUACAUACUGCAUACUGGCUUCUGCUUUGAGUCAAAGUACCUCUUCACCUGUCUGCCUACUUCUCUGUCUCUCUCUAUCGACAGUACUUGUGCUGUGCUCUGCAGUUCAUUAUGUUAACACGUUGUUCUAUAGAAUAUGUAUGCAUAGGAGAUCAGCUCUUACACGGGCAUUGCUUUGAAUAACACUAUAAACCCUUCAGACAUGGCUUAUAGACAUAGAAGUGCACACAUGCGCGCGUGCAAACUCACACACACACACACAUACACACACUGUAAACACAAACACAUAAACAAAAACAGACACACGCACACACAUACACAUGCUCACACUCUUUCCCUCACCGUAAUGUUGCCGAAACACAGAGAACACCUACAUUCAGCUCCCGAUCUCUCUCUCUGUCACAGCCGCAGUGCUUUGUCUCAUAGCAACCUCCUUUCUGUACAUGAGUUCCUCUCUCUAACUAAUCACAUUUGUUGGGUGGGUGGGUGGGUCAGUGGGUGGCUGGGUGUGUGUAUGAGGUCUAUCCUUGUAUAUAAUGUAGGUCAUGGAUGUGUCAGGAUGGAGUGUGACAGGCGUCACUUGAACUGCUGCCUUUCUCAUCACUAUGAAACUGUACACAGGAAGAACUACAACUAUGAAAGGGUUUGGAGAUCAAAGGGGAGAGCCUUGCUGACUAGGGCUGUAAAACAUGGCUGUUUAUGAUCGAGAAUUUGUGAUAUUUUCCAUGCGUUCCCAUUCAGAAUUGAACAUUGUAACCUUGACUUUAAGACCCAAGUGGGCGACUCGGAAGAAUGAGGACAGCUAAAGUGGUGGGUGGAUGACACAUUUUGGUAUUGUUAACUAAUUCUAUGAUUUACACACACACACACACUCCCUGCCACCCCAUACACACACACAGACACACAGACAGACAGACAGACAGACAGACAGCCAGACAGACAGACAAAUAAAUACAGAAAAAAAAGUAGUAAUCUUUUUUUGAGUCAUUUUUUGGUGCUUUGACAUAUCCAAAUAAUGAAAUAAUAAUUUAUCCUGAAGGUAGGACGGUUUGAGAAAGACUGAAUGCCCAUUGUUGUUUCUGUGCAAUUCAAAAACCAUUUAGGCUUCUGGAAAAUUUAUAUUUUUGUCUGGGGUUUUUCGACUAAUCUGGUGAAUGGUUCAAAUUGACAGACAAGGAUGUUUGUCUCACCCCCAAAUAACUCAGAGCCCAGUUCCAUGAAACACAACGGGGUUGGUUAUAUCACAGUUUCAUAGAAAAGCGAUUUGGGAAGUGGCAUCCUGCUGGUAGACCUCAAUGGCUCAACACAUGUAGGUCACUCUGCCACAGACAACAUAUUGACUCCUCUCCUCUCCUCUCCUUCUCUCUCCUCUCCCCAAACACCUUUCUCCUCUAUUAGCAGCGGGAAAUAUAUUUGCUUUUUUAAUGCUAAUUUACGUCUGACAAUAUUCAUUUUGACUUCAAUAUGUUGUUCCUAAGCAUUUCAAAUAUAGCAGUCAGAUGUUGAUGUCAUGUUGCAAUGUUCCUUUUAAUUAUUAUAUUUGUUUUGUUCCUGUUCUGAAUGAAUGAAUGUCUGUUCCGGUUUGAUCAUGGAGAAUAUAUCUGAACAUGUUGUUGUUGGGAACAGUCA